AUGAACGUGUGUAUCAAAUGUGUUGGUUCUAGGGUUUGUGAGUGUGGUGGAGAUAAUGGUAAUGGUGUUACCAUGUGGAGUGCUGGUUCAAGGAAACAACAACAGCAACAACAAAAACUUCCGAAAAGGGGUCCUGGCGUUGCUGAACUUGAGAAGAUCUUGAAAGAACAAGGGACAAAUGAUUUACCAGCAACACAAAGAGGAAACAAUGAAGGGUUUUCGAUUUCGCUGUCAUGGCCGUGUCCGGAUUCGAGUGUUUUGCAUUCUCAUGUACCAUCGUUACCCCCAGUCAUUGGAUCUACGUAUGGAAACGAUAUGAAUAGUUCAUUAGGAGGGAAUGGUGAUGGAGUCCAAUAUGAUGAUUCUGGAAGUUCUCCACCUAGGAAUCUGUCUGCUGCUAUGCCUAUGCCUUGGUCUCCAAGUGUUCAUUCCGAUGGUAAACCUUUCUUUAACUUCUUAGAAGUCAAGGAUCAAGAUGCAGAAUCGAGUAAUGAUGGCAUUGAUCUUACAUUGAAGCUCUGA